AAAUUCUAAAUAAUUGUGAAUAGGGUCUGCCGGAACACUAAUCAUGCCGAUGGAAGCAAACGAUGAAGCUCCGCCUCCGACUGAGCCACUGCUCGACAGCCAUCAACUGUUACUGCUCCGUCGAUCGGCUUCCAACACUACUUCUCAGGUUGCAUUUGUUGGCUCCAAUGUGUGCCCCAUAGAGAGCUUAGAUUACGAGAUAAUUGAGAAUGAUUUCUUCAAGCAAGAUUGGAGAAGUCGCGGUAAGGUCCAGAUUUUACAGUAUAUAUUCAUGAAAUGGACGUUGUGUUUCCUCGUUGGCAUUUUUGCUGGACUCAUCGGAUUCUUCAACAACCUCGCCGUCGAGAACAUUGCCGGAAUGAAAUUUGUUAUCACAUCGAAUAUGAUGCUGGAGAGAAGGUAUGCGGCGGCUUUUGGUGUUUUUGCCUCUACAAAUUUCGUUGUCAUUCUGUUUUCAUCGCUUAUAACGACCUUCAUAGCACCUGCGGCAGCUGGAUCCGGUAUCCCAGAAGUUAAGGCUUAUUUGAACGGGGUGGACGCCCCGAGGAUCUUUUCUCUGCGGACUCUGGUUGUCAAAAUUGUCGGUAGCAUAACAGCUGUGUCAUCAUCUCUCUUCGUGGGCAAGGCAGAGCCCCUGGUGCAUACUGGUUCUUGCAUUGCAUCACUGCUAGGUCAAGGUGGAUCUAAGAAGUAUGGUAUAACAUGGGGAUGGAUACGCUUCUUCAACAAUGACAGAGACAGGCGUGAUCUUGUAACAUGUGGAUCAGCUGCUGGAAUUGCUGCUUCUUUCCGUGCACCUGUUGGAGGUGUUCUAUUUGCUUUUGAAGAAAUGGCAUCAUGGUGGAGAAGUGCCCUUCUGUGGAAAUCAUUCUUCACAACUGCAGUGGUUGCCAUUGUGCUUCAGGGUCUGGUUGACAUUUGCAACAGCGGAAAGUGUGGCUUAUUUGGAAAAGAAGGGCUGAUAAUGUUUGAUGUGACAUCAGCAAGUGCUACAUAUUACCUUGCUGACGUACCACCUGUCCUUGUUCUUGGAGUUAUUGGGGGUAUAUUGGGAAGUUUCUAUAAUUUUCUUUUGGAGAGGGUUCUCCGAAUCUAUAGUUUCAUCUACGAGAAAGGCUAUGCUUACAGGAUACUUCUUGCUUGCUCAAUCUCCCUAUUUACUUCAUGUUGUUUAUUUGGCUUACCAUGGCUUGCAACUUGCCGACCUUGCCCAACUAAUGCAGGCGAAGCUUGCCCAACGAUAGGGAGGUCUGGUAACUAUAAGAAGUUCCAAUGUCCUCCUGGUCACUACAACGAUCUUGCCAGCCUUUUCUUCAACACAAAUGAAGAUGCAAUCAGAAAUCUCUUCAGCAAGGGCACUGAUACUGAGUUCCACUACAUAUCAAUACUUGUCUUCUUUGUCACUUGCUAUUUUCUUGGUAUAUUCAGUUAUGGGCUUGCAGCUCCAUCAGGUCUCUUUGUGCCUGUUAUUUUGACAGGGGCAAGCUAUGGACGCUUUGUUGGUUUGCUUAUGGGUUCUCACUCGAAUCUCGACCAUGGUCUCUUCGCUGUGUUAGGAGCUGCUUCCCUUCUGGGUGGAUCUAUGAGGAUGACUGUGUCAUUGUGUGUUAUUCUCUUGGAGCUGACCAACAAUCUGUUGUUAUUACCCAUGAUAAUGAUGGUCCUUCUUGUAUCCAAGACUGUCGCAGAUACCUUUAACCAAAAUAUAUAUGACAUUAUUAUGAAAUUGAAGGGUCUUCCUUAUCUAGAAGCUCAUGCAGAGCCAUACAUGAGACAAUUGACAGUUGGUGAUGUUGUCACAGGGCCACUUCAAUGCUUUAAUGGCAUAGAAAAGGUAAGGAAUAUAGUGAAUGUACUCAAAGCUACAGGACAUCAUGGAUUCCCAGUGAUUGACCAGCCACCUGUUUCAGACUCCCCGGUGUUGUCCGGUCUAGUCCUUCGAGCCCACCUUAUUGUGCUCCUAAAGAAAAAAGCAUUCUUAUCCACUCCAAUGCUCACAAGCAGUGAUUUCAUGAAGCAGUUUUCUGCUAAUGAUUUUGCUAAGCGGGGUUCAGGAAAUAAUGAAGAUAUAUACAACAUAGAAGUGACUGAGGAAGAAAUGGAUAUGUUCAUAGAUUUGCAUCCCUUUACAAAUGCUUCACCAUACACUGUUGUGGAGACCAUGUCACUAGCAAAGUCUCUUAUACUUUUCCGUGGAGUUGGUUUAAGGCACCUAUUAGUGGUACCCAAGACUUCUAAUUGGUCACCAGUAGUAGGUAUAUUGACAAGGCAUGAUUUUAUGCCAGAACAUAUAUUGGGAUUAUAUCCUUCCUGCAAAAGAGCAGGUGGAAGAAAGUAAGGUUCCGGCCCCCCAGUUUAUUUAAACUUAUGAAGGCAGCUUGGCUUUGAUUCAGAGAUCAUAACUAACGUUGUAAAUGGUCUUAGUUUAGCAGCAAUGGCAACCAUUUUUUUUUAACAUCAUUGUUUUAGCUCCAAUUUCUAUUUUCCAAAAUCCAUCAAAAGGAUGAGCUUGUAUUAUCCACAUGACUGUAUCAAAAGAAAAAUAAUAUAUUGGUGCUACAAAAAUUGAUUUA